CAGACAGUUUGACACGCAGUCAGCGCAGUCCGCAGUGUGUGUGAGUGAGUAGACUAAAACCAACUCCUCUGUAAGAAGCGCCUCUGCCCGCAACACAAGUGUCUCCGUGCGUCUGCGGAUCGAAGCUGUGCGCACCAUCAUGUCGCUGCCGCAGCAGUUACGAGACGAAAGCGACUUUGAUCAGCUGCCUCACAACAUCCCUAUCAGCGCCACCAUCGCUGAUAUCGAGGAGAAGAAAGGCUUCAUUGACUACUUUCUGUUUGUGAUUGAGGUGAAGACUAAAGGAGGGAGUAAGUAUUUCAUCUACAGGAGGUACAGAGAAUUUUUCAACCUCCACCAGGUCCUCGAGUUCAGAUACUCUCCUGAAGACCUAGAGAGGCCUGGUCCCAACACCUGCGUCCUGCCUACCCUCCCAGGAAAAGUCUUCAUCGGCAACAAGAGAGAGAUUGCAGAGAGCAGGAUCUCUGAACUCAACACGUACAUGAAGAGGUUGCUCGGUCUGCCAACAUGGUUGCUGCUCGAUGAGGCUCUCAGGAUGUUUUUCUACCAGACGGACAAGGACAGCCAGCACCAACCGCGAGCCCUCAGGCGUCUCCGCCCACCUACUCGCAAAGUGAAGACAGUCAAACCAAAGAUGGACCUCUUCUCCUCCCCCAGGGCCGAGGUGAUGUUUGACUUUCGCGGCAACGGCAAGGCGGAGUUGAACCUGAAGAAGGGAGAUGUGAUCUUCCUGCUGCAACGAGUCAACGCAGACUGGCUGGAGGGCACAGUGAACGAUCAAACAGGUAUUUUCCCACAAUCCUUUGUGAAGAUCAUCAAGCCCCUCCCAGAGAAUGACUCAGAAGGUGAGGGUGGAGACUCCACCUACAGCUGUCUGCACUGCCUCCUGCUCACCCCAUCUGGAGUCCAAACCAGAGAUGUAUGUGUACAAGAGGACCUCACUAUCCAGCCGACGUACAAGGACCUACUGUCUCGUAUGAGAAACGUCUUCAAAGUGGACGACAUCGCCUUGAACUACCGCGACCCCGAGGGCGACCUCAUCCGCAUCCUCGACGAUGAGGACGUCCAGCUGAUGAUCAGGGAGGGCAGUGGUCAGCAGGGGAAAGAUAUGCGACCUGUCAAUCAGUUUCCGUGGGAGCUGCACGUGACCUUGGCCUCUGACCUUUCUAUUUACAGCACCGAGGCCUGAGAGAGUGAAGGUCACGGGAAGCGGAGGAGAUAUUUAGUAUUCUUAUAUCAGAACAAUGAACUUGACCAAGUGAAUAUUGUUGCCGAUACAGCCUGUGUGUGGUUUGUCUUUUCUCUUCAUUCAAAGCCUCAUUCAUGUUACAAAUAUUGUUGCUGUUCAAGUUUAUGGCUGAUACAUUUCACUUAGUAAUAAACUAAUUUAAUAAGUUU